AUGACGUCCUCCGUCUAUUUCAAAUUCAAAUCCCAAAAGGAACCUACUAGAGUCGAGUUUGAUGGUACUGGAAUCUCAGUUUUCGAGCUGAAGCGUGAGAUUAUUACCAAGAGUGGCCUCGGAGACGGUACCGACUUUGAUCUCCAUAUCUACACCGAUGAUAAUAGCGAAGAAUACGACGAUGAUACGACUAUCAUUCCCAGGUCAACGACCGUCAUCGCCAGGCGUCAGCCUGCACUCAAGCCUGGCGCAGGACGUGCUGCUCGUUAUGUAUCUGGCAAGAUGCCCGUCACAGCCAAGAAUGCCGGUCGCAAAGAGCAAGCGGCCAAGGCAUCGGUUUCCAAACCAAGCUCUGAUGCAAUCAGUCAGAUGAACAAUGCCAUGACUGAAGAGGAGAAGAUGGCGGCCAUGUUUGCUGCCCAAACCGAGCAGUGGUCCGCUCAGCAGGAAGAAAUGUCCCACCAAACACCAGUCUUCAAAGCUGGUGCUAAAAGACCCGCAAACGUCCCUGACCAUGAUCCCCCGAAUGGUUAUAUCUGUUACCGAUGUGGUAACAAGGGUCAUUGGAUUCAGUUAUGUCCGACUAACGACGACCCUGAGUUUGAUAAUCGUCCACGAGUCAAGCGAACCACGGGUAUUCCUCGUUCGUUCCUUCAAAAGGUUGACAAGUCCGUUGUCCUUGCGCAAACUGAUGGGGACGAGUCCAAGCGUCCUUCGGGUAUUAUGGUCAAUGCUGAAGGAGAUUUUGUUAUUGCUGAGCCUGACAAGGCGUCAUGGGAACAGUUCCAGGCCAAGGCCAAGUCUUCAGCCACGACGAAUGCACCUUUGGCCGAGGAUAAGGAGAUUCAGGAACAGGGCUUGGAGUGUUCGAUUGACAAGAAGAUGUUCAUAGAGCCAAUGAAGACUCCUUGCUGCCAGAAGACCUUUUGCAAUGAUUGCAUAACCAAUGCUCUCAUCGAAAGCGACUUCGUUUGCCCCGCAUGUCAAUCAGAAGGUGUAUUGAUUGAUGACCUUCAGCCAGAUGAAGAGGCCUCGAAGAAGAUUCAAGAGUACCUGAAGGAGAAAGAAACAGCGAAAAGCCCCCCUCCCCAGUCACCCAAAGCUCUGGAAGAUGUCAAGACAGAUGGUGAAAGUCAAGACAAACCUCAGGAUGAGACUGCUAGCACCACGGAGCAGAAGACUGAGAAUGAAUCUCACGAUAAGCCCGAGGAUUCGUUAGCCAAGGAGACCUCAAAAUCGCCCGUGUCACAGCCAGCAACAGUCAAGUCUCCCCCUACAGGCCCUAAGAGUCUUGUAUCUGCCUCACACGAUGCGUCCAAACAAGUAGAUGGUUCAAAACCCACAGAUGUCAACUCCAGGAAGCGACCUGCCGACGAUAUUCUUGACAACCCUAGAAUUCCCAAGGGCCCCAAGGCCAUGCAGAAUCAACAAAAUCAACAGAACAUGAUGAACGGCAUGGGUAUGAACGGUAUGGGCAUGAAUGGUAUGGGCAUGAACAACAUGAUGUUCAACGGAAUGCCUAUGAUGCCUAAUAUGAUGGGCAUGCCCAACAUGGGAAACAUGAACAUGGGAAUGCCUAACAUGAAUAUGAUGGGAAUGCCAGGGAUGAUGGGUAUGCCCGGAUUCCCUGGCAUGAAUGGCGGAUUCGGCGGUAUGAAUGGCUGGGAUAUGGGAAUGAAUGGUAUAAACGGCAACAUGGGCAACAUGAACGGGGGCAUGAAUGGCUUCCAAAACGGCAACUUUGGACAAGGUGCUGGUCCCGAUGAAGAUGCCUACUUCCGCAAGCCGGUCAACCCUCAUCGACAUCAGAACAAGCAGCGAAGAGUACGACCCAGCGACUACCGAGAGCUUUAA